CUGCGACCCCGGGAGCCGCGCUCCCCGUGCUGCUGGCCGCGCUGCUGGCUGCGGGUCGGGCGCUGGAGGAGAAGAGAGUUUGCCAAGGCACAAGUAACAGGCUCACCCAGCUGGGCACUUUUGAAGAUCAUUUCCUGAGCCUUCAGAGGAUGUUCAAUAACUGUGAAGUGGUCCUUGGGAAUUUGGAAGUUACCUACGUGCAAAGGAAUUAUGACCUUUCCUUUUUAAAGACCAUCCAGGAAGUCGCUGGCUAUGUGCUCAUUGCCCUCAACACGGUGGAGAGGAUCCCCCUGGAGAACCUGCAGAUCAUCAGAGGCAAUGCACUCUAUGAAAACACAUUUGCCUUAGCCGUCCUGUCCAACUAUGGGGCGAACAGAACCGGGCUGAGAGAACUUCCCAUGCGGAACUUACAAGAAAUCCUCAUUGGUGCCGUGCGGUUCAGCAACAACCCCACCCUGUGCCACGUGGACACCAUCCAGUGGAGGGACAUCGUUGACGGCUACUUUCUGAGCAACAUGUCAAUGGACUUACAGAACCACCUGGACAGCUGCCAAAAAUGUGAUCCUAGCUGUCCCAACGGAAGCUGCUGGGGUGCAGGAGAGGAAAACUGCCAGAAGCUAACCAAGAUCAUCUGUGCCCAGCAGUGUUCGCGGCGCUGCCGUGGCAAAUCUCCCAGUGACUGCUGCCACAACCAGUGUGCCGCGGGCUGUACCGGACCCCGGGAGAGCGACUGCCUGGUGUGCCACAGGUUCCGGGACGAAGCCACGUGCAAGGACACCUGCCCACCGCUCAUGCUGUACAACCCCACCACGUACCAGAUGGACGUCAACCCUGAGGGGAAGUACAGCUUUGGUGCCACCUGCGUGAAGAAAUGUCCUCGGAAUUACGUGGUGACUGAUCAUGGCUCGUGCGUCCGUGCCUGUGGUCCUGACAACUUCGAGGUGGAGGAAGACGGCGUCCGCAAGUGUAAAAAAUGCGACGGGCCCUGUCGCAAAGUGUGCAACGGCAUAGGCAUUGGUGAAUUUAAAGACACACUCUCCAUAAAUGCCACAAAUAUCAAACACUUCAAAAACUGCACUUCGAUCAGCGGAGAUCUUCAUAUCCUGCCGGUGGCAUUUAAGGGGGACUCCUUCACGCGUACUCCUCCUCUAGAUCCAAAGGAACUGAACAUUCUGAAAACCGUAAAAGAAAUCACAGGUUUCUUGCUGAUUCAGGCUUGGCCUGAAAACUGGACUGACCUCCAUGCUUUUGAGAACCUAGAAAUUAUCCGUGGCAGGACAAAGCAACAUGGUCAGUUUUCUCUGGCCGUUGUCGGCCUGAACAUAACGUCACUGGGAUUGCGCUCCCUCAAGGAGAUAAGUGAUGGAGAUGUCAUCAUUUCAUCAAACCGAAAUCUGUGCUAUGCAAACACAAUUAACUGGAAAAAACUAUUUGGGACAUCCAGUCAGAAAACUAAAAUUUUGAACAACAGAAGUGAAAAAGACUGCAAGGCCACAGGGCAUGUCUGUGAUCCCUUAUGCUCUUCGGAAGGCUGCUGGGGCCCGGAGCCCAGGGACUGCGUCUCCUGCCAGAACGUGAGCCGGGGCAGGGAGUGUGUGCGGAAGUGCAAUGUCCUGGAGGGGGAACCGAGGGAGUUUGUGGAGAACACUCAGUGCAUCCAGUGCCAUCCAGAAUGUCUGCCCCAGGCCAUGAACAUCACGUGCACAGGCCGGGGACCAGACAACUGCAUUAAGUGUGCCCACUACAUAGAUGGUCCUCAUUGCGUCAAGACCUGCCCAGCUGGCAUCAUGGGGGAGAACAAUACCCUGGUCUGGAAGUACGCAGACGCCAGCAAUACCUGCCACCUCUGCCAUCCCAAUUGUACCUACGGAUGUACUGGGCCAGGUCUGGAAGGAUGUCCGGCCAUUGGGCCCAAAAUCCCAUCCAUUGCCACUGGGAUCGUGGGUGGCCUCUUCCUGCUGGUGGUCGUGGCCCUGGGGAUUGGCCUCUUCAUGCGGCGGCGCCACAUCGUCCGGAAACGCACCCUGCGCCGCCUGCUGCAGGAGAGAGAGCUCGUGGAGCCUCUCACGCCCAGUGGAGAAGCUCCCAACCAAGCCCUGUUGAGGAUCCUGAAGGAAACAGAAUUCAAAAAGAUCAAAGUUCUGGGCUCUGGAGCAUUUGGCACAGUGUAUAAGGGGCUCUGGAUCCCAGAAGGGGAGAAAGUGAAAAUUCCUGUGGCCAUCAAGGAAUUACGAGAAGCAACAUCUCCGAAAGCCAACAAGGAGAUCCUGGAUGAAGCCUAUGUGAUGGCCAGUGUGGAAAAUCCUCAUGUGUGCCGCCUCCUGGGCAUCUGCCUGACCUCCACCGUCCAGCUCAUCACACAGCUCAUGCCCUUCGGCUGCCUCCUGGACUACGUCCGUGAGCACAAGGACAACAUCGGCUCCCAGUACCUCCUCAACUGGUGUGUGCAGAUUGCGAAGGGCAUGAACUACCUGGAAGACCGGCGCUUGGUGCACCGUGACCUGGCAGCCAGGAAUGUGCUGGUGAAGACCCCACAGCAUGUCAAGAUUACAGAUUUUGGGCUGGCCAAGCUGCUUGGUGCCGAGGAGAAGGAAUACCACGCAGAAGGAGGGAAAGUGCCGAUCAAGUGGAUGGCCUUGGAGUCAAUUUUACACCGAAUUUAUACACACCAAAGUGACGUCUGGAGCUACGGAGUCACUGUGUGGGAACUGAUGACCUUCGGGUCCAAACCUUAUGAUGGGAUCCCUGCAAGCGAGAUCUCGUCCACCCUAGAGAAAGGAGAGCGCCUUCCACAGCCACCCAUCUGUACCAUCGAUGUCUACAUGAUCAUGGUCAAGUGCUGGAUGAUAGAUGCAGACAGUCGCCCAAAGUUCCGUGAGUUGAUCAUUGAAUUCUCCAAAAUGGCCCGAGACCCCCAGCGCUACCUCGUCAUCCAGGGGGAUGAAAGGAUGCACCUGCCAAGCCCCACCGACUCGAACUUUUACCGUGCCUUAAUGGAAGAAGAGGACAUGGACGAUGUGGUCGAUGCCGACGAAUACCUCAUUCCACAGCUGGGUUUCUUCAGCAGCCCGUCCACGUCGCGGACACCCCUCCUCCGUUCUCUGAGUGGAACCAGUAACAAUUCUGCUGGAGCUUGCAUUAAUAGAAAUGGGCAGAACUAUCCUGCCAAGGAAGACAGCUUCUUGCAGCGGUACAGCUCAGAUCCCACUGGCGCCCUGACUGAAGACAGCAUAGACGACACGUUCCUCCCUGCACCUGAAUACAUAAACCAGUGUGUCCCCAAAAGGCCCGCAGGAUCCGUGCAGAACCCCGUGUAUCACAAUCAACCUCUGCAUCCAGCUCCUGGCAGAGACCCCCACUAUCAGAACCCCCACAGCAAUGCAGUGGGCAACCCCGAGUAUCUCAACACCACCCAGCCUACCUGUGGUAGUGGUGGCCUUGACACCUCUGCCCACUGGGCCAAGAAAGGCCACCAAAUGAACCUGGACAACCCUGACUACCAGCAGGACUUCUUUCCCAAGGAAGUCAAGCCAAAUGGCCUCUUUAAGGGCCCCACAGCUGAGAAUGCCGAGUACCUGCUGGUGGCCCCGCCAAGCAGUGAGUUCAUUGGAGCAUGACGUGGAGGAGAAGAGUGCCAACCACACGGUCCCGUCCCGUCCUAAACACCCAGGACCAUGCCACGGGAGCUUCUCCACUCCUGAGCCCACUGUCAGGCCCACAGACUGGUUUUGAUAAAAUAGCUGUCAUCGGCCUGUCCUUUUUGAGCCAAGAAGCGGUGAACCCUCCUCUGAGGCACUUCGGGAAGUUGCAGGGACAUUCGGUCAUCAAACUGUGAAGAUUCCACAAACACACACACACAAGAAGGAAGGCAGCAAAAAUGUUGUAAAUUGGAGCAGAAAUUUACCUCUUAAUGAGGCAUAUUAAAAGAAAUACGUGUAUGGAGAUUUACUGCUUGGGAACCUUUGUGGUUUUUAAUUGCCACCGUUGUUGAGAUUAAUGGACUCUUCCGAGGACCAAGAAGCUUGCUGGUAGCACUUGCUACACAGAGUUGACUCCAGGCCCAACUGAGACUCAAGUCUUCCAGCUGACAGUGGAUCCCAUUGGCUCUGCUGCAAGACCCUUCUACUGCAAGACAGCUAAACAGACAAACCCUGUGGGUCCUAAGCAGGCCUCCCUUGCACUGUGUCAAAUCAUUGCAGGUUCAAUAGGAUAAGCCACUUUGUUACUUUCCGGUGCUGGGAGAGGAACUGAAGGGGGGCGAAUGUCCCUCCGAUUACUUUUGUACAAGCAUCUCCGUGGUACUUAACCCUCACUCAUUCACCAGUGUUUUCUAAUUAGGGCUGUUGAGUUUACUUGUUUAUAUUUCUGCGUCAUUGUUUGAGUCUUAAUUUGCUCUUCCCGUCUUGAUGUUAUAAAGUGAGAAAAGAAGGUUGUGUUAUCAAAGAAUAACUAUGAUUCUAUAUUUGAUCAUCAACAUCCAGAUCAAUAGCCUUUAAUUAAGAUGGAAUGACAAUGCAAGAAUUUAUACAAGAAUCUAGCCCCAAGCUUCAGUCUGGUCAUCAUGUUAUAAGACUAAAAAAAUGAUGCUACUCUUAAAACUCAUUUGGCCUUCGCUCUUCUACACCCCCAAAUUCGUAUAACUCACUCCUAGAAGCUCAUCUUUUUAUUUCAUUUUAGAAUAUUUUUUUCCUGAAAGGGUAUGUGUUCCUCUAGUUCACAUGUUUCCAAGUCCUUCCUUGCCCUUUGUGAAAAGCUAGGCCACUAUGCAAUAAAGGGCUGCCCACCGUAGACCCACUUACAGCUGCCAAGAGAAAUGACUUUAGGAAUGGAGCAGAACUUGGGCAGCAAAGAGGAAAUGAGAGUGAGCAGUACACGUCAGUUCUCUCCCAGCAGGUACAGAUGUAGAGGGAUUCGUCCUAAAGUAAUUUUGUGAUCAACAGAAAAGAUCUAGCCCAUUGGUAUCUUAACUCUUUUUUUCUUUUCUGAUCUUCUCACCCAUGCAACCCAGUAGGCUAAUGGCAGUCUCCCGUCAGCAGAGCUUUAAGACUCUCACUCAAUAUCUGCCCCUUCCAGCUUAUCAAGGGAGAAAACACUGAUGUCAAGAGAGGAAAUGGACUCAUGGACAUCAACCAAAAAGCGACAAAUGCCACACAAGGCAGGUCGGCCAGAGACCAAGAGUGCAGAGCAGGGCUGGCUGCCUUCUGUCUCGGGAGACCUGGCAGGUUCACAGGGGAGUGGAUAGUGCCCUUGGACCUCCUAAGAGGGCCAGGGUCUCAGCCACCAGGAAAAUGGAAAACUUGUCCUCCCUAGAGGGAACCCUUCUGAGAAAGCAGUGACCGGAGACACCCACCAGUCAGACCGUGGAAGGCACGGCCGGUGCCCCAUGCGCCCACUGCGCCACUAAAGCCUGAGCAACGAGGCUUACAACUCCCCUGAGAUUCCUAGAGGCUGCCUUCUUCCUGGGAAUUUCAGGUUGUUACAUAUGAAAAUGGUUACUGAGAACGUCGAGCAACAUUUCCAGAAUCUGAGUUCUCAUGCCACUGUCAUGAAAGGUGACUUCAUCUUCUGUCCACCUAAAAUGUAAAGAAAAAUUUUAGCCAGACAGGUGUUCAGAAGUGGGAGACAGAAUGACUCACUUCCUACUAUCAUUUAUUUUCCAGGAACCAGGAGAUUGACCAGGGAGAACAGUUGUAAGCCAGUCAGAUUGUAGCCAUGAAAUCAUAGUAUUUUUGUAUUUUGAAAUACUUUCUUACAGCAUAAUAAAAUAGCAGAAACUACUCAAGUCUGUUUUUCUUCUCCUUUGUAUUUUAGCUUUCUGCACGAAAUUUAGUUGCUGUCAAUGCUAAGAUUGUGUUUCCCACAGUGUUCUUACUGUGUCUGUGCAGGAAGAUGGGGUGCUUAAGGAGCUGCAGCCCCACAGCCCCAUCCAGGGACCCCACAGCCUCCACAGAGAGAAGAGGAGUCACACGGGCCUGUCAUUCCUUACCACGGCCCUAACAGUUGAAUCUCAGGUUGCCUCUGCCCCUUCCAUGCUUCCAGUUUUAUAACCAGGCCCUAGUACUUCCCAGUUCAUCUGAUAGACCUUUCCCCAGAAUCCUGGCCCAGCCCCGGCCUUUGGGGGGAAAAAAAGAACUGGAGCUAACAUUGACCAUGGACCACAGUCCUUAGGUAAUCUGUAAAGAUUCCCUAUCAUUAUACCCUGUGAAAGUUACUUGACAGUUCAUGAUGGAAAAUGGUAAGCUUGUAAACUCAACAUUCACUGUGAGCCCACAUUGCCACUGAUUUUAUGAGGACCCCUGUAGGGGUGACGUGCUGCAUCCCAGCGACAACAGCAUAGCUGAGGCCUGUGUUAAACUGAGGAACCCCACCCUCAAAAUGCAGACAUGGAAGAACCAGAAACCACCUCAGCGCUGAAGGCUCAGACCAGUCUGCCUUAAGUCCUCUGAAGUCCAACAGUCGGGCUCGGGCCGGAUUUUUCUCAUGCCCAGGGACUCUUCAGAGCAUCCUGCAAGAUAUUCCAACACACCCCAACGUUUCAAGAGCCACUGGUAUAAAAGAAAGGCUCAAGGGGGGGUCCUUGGGACUAGGUGAUGCCUUCCCACCUGUGGUCACUCAUGGUCAGCUUCUGAUUACACUCGUGCAAGGGGAGACUGUUGAGGGUGGUAGCGUUCCAGUGCCCACCCUCAGUGCCCACCAUCACCGCAAAUGAGGAUUACCUGGGGAGUGUAAAAGGCUCACCGCAAACCCUGCAAACAAGUUCAGUCAGAGCCCCUGACAGCCUCUCCCGUCCUCGGGGUCUCCCUCAGUUAUCCAAGCCUGCAGGAUGGGAUUAGAGAGCCUGGCUGGGGUUGAGACUCCCUCACACAUGGAAAAUCCCAUCUGCAAUCACUGAUGUGCCUGAGAUUUGGCCACUAGUGGUCUUUGCAAAAUCCUCCAAUUUCUUAUCACCAGCAGUUUAUUCUGAAAAUAGCAAAUAUCCAAAUCGAGCCUUGAUGAAGUUCUGGGAUACUUUACUUUGUCUAAGAAGUAAGUUGUAAAAUCCAUUCUCUCCCCAUGUCCCUCCACUGAAUUACUUAUCCCUCUUAAGGAGCAGCUGUCAAAGUUGCCCCUAAUCUCUACUUGCUUUUGAUAAGCCUGUAUUUGUAUUGUAAUGUAAUGAUCUACUUAUCUUUCCUGACCUGGGAACUAGAUGCAGAAAUCCCUGCCCUCCUUUUCCCAGCCACACCCAACAUAUUAGAAACAAAUGUCUUUGUAUUGUUAAAGCUAUAUGUCAAUGUAAGUGAAUUUUUGUAACUUUUUACAAGAUAAUGUCCACCUUGUAUAGCACUGAACUUUGUAAAGUGAAUUCUUAGGGUAAUUUUUUUUUGUUUUUAACUAGAGGUAGCUAUUUGCUUUAGACAGACUGAAAUAGAAUCAAAAUUUGUAAUUGAAAUCUUUGCUUAAAAGGGUGAAAUUGAGACAAGAAAAAUCCCUUCUUUCUCAUGUAAAUGUGCGGCCUCAUUGCUGAGCUAAAUUAGGCCAUUGCCAACUGUUAGUAGGAUGGCCAUUUCAAUAUUUUCACAGGUAGAAAGGAUGGAAGGUACAUUAGCUCGGUGCUGGUCUCAGCAGGAUCUGUGGACCUUGUGACCACUGCUAGAAGAAUCCAAAUGGAUGACACACACACGAUCAUCUGUCAACAUGACCUUGUUGCUGUAACAGAAACAAUAAUAUAGCACUUUGUCAGUUCACUAUGCCAAUCUGAUAUUAACAGAAAUAAUUUUAUUUUUAUAUUUGCAAUGGCAUCUGUUUGCCAGUGUUGUCUAGAAACGUCUGGAGAGCCAUAAUAAUAUUCAUGGUGUUUGGGUUUUUCAAUAUGUUCAUAGAGUCCACCUAUGUAAACCUUAGAACAGGUUUCUCAGUCCCGAUGCCCCAUAAAAUUGCCUAGGUAGACUUUAACGUUCUUGAAGUGCUACAGUACCCAAGACCAGUGAGAUAUGGGUCUCUCAGAGUGAAGCCCAGACAUGUUUACUUUUUAAAGGUCCAGAUGCCCUUCCAAUGUGCAGUUGAACCACCAGCUCAGUGAUCAGCCACGGGAACCAGGAUGUGCAGGCAACUGUGUGGAUGUGGGUGAUUUCCAGCCCCAGAGAUCUCAGCCAUGAAGGUGCCAUCAUUUGUCCCUAGACAAAAUUCACAAGAGCUACCCAAGGGAAGUGUGUGACCAAGGGGCCCAAAGCGAAGGGUGUGGAAAGCAGACACCUUUGUUUUGCGUUGCCUAAGCUUGAUCUAUUAAAGGUGAGUAGCAGUAAAACAAAGGCAGUGGCUAUUCCGCAGCUCACAUGACCAGUAUCAUCACCUUCCCUUUAUUUGCCAGGAAAAAAAAAAAGAAAAAACUCCUUAAACUGUCAUUUUCACUACAAAGAGAAGGCUGCAAGAUUAUUGGCAAAUACUUGAAUGGAUUUUUAUAGUAAAGAGAAUCCAAGAAGAGGAAUCUUGCAGUAAGAAACAAUUUUUUUAUUAUUUUUUUCAUAAACUGUACUGGGAUAAAAAUGGAAGAAACUGGCUUUUUCCCCUUCCUGUACAUCGCAUCUGCAUAGUGCAGCCUCUGAAGCGUAAAUGGGUCUUGCCUAAAUCCCCAGCACGGGUGUUAGGAGUCCCUCUUCCGUCACCAGCAGAUAAAAAACAAGAAAAGACUUGAGUAUAUGUACAUUUUACAUGCAUAUUUUUAUUAAAAAAUUAACACCCUACUUUUCCUGAUUUGGCUAAAAAGUAAUCUUGCUGUAUGAUAUGAAGUCUUAGUAAUUAAGAACUUCUAGGGGUUGGAUGACUGUUACCAUGAGUAAUGACGUAACUGGUUGACAUCCCACAGCAAUAACUGUGUCAGUAUCAUUCCAGCAAUAACUUUAUGGCUCCUUUAUGUGGUACAUUUUCCCUUGUAAAGCUCUCUGAUAAUGAAAGUGUCAUUUGUACAGAUGAAAGCAGGAUCUCUUUUAUACUGUUAGUCAGAACGUGCUGACUGAUGUUGAAUAUUAAAAACUAGCUGCAUAUUGUU